UUGAAGCGGUGUUACGAUGGCGGUGGAUCAUGGAGAAUAAUUUAGCAAUUUUCUCGCUUACCAGAGAUUUUUUUGUAGUUUUAUUAGCGUUUUAGAGAAGAAGGACCUGUCAUGGACACUUCAAUAGCAAAGAAAACGCAAGAUACAUUAGGGAAAGUCAUAAAGAAACCUCCCCUAACGGAAAAAUUGCUAAGCAAGCCUCCAUUUCGAUUUCUUCACGAUAUUAUUACUGAGGUGGUGAAGAACACUGGUUUUCUGAAAGGCUUGUACACCGCUGAUGAGAUGGACUCGGCGAAUGUCAAGGAAAAAGAAGCCAAUAUUCUUUUUCUUCAAAAAGCAAUAGACGUCGUAGGUAUGAUAAAUGGACAGUUGUCAGUACGUCCAUCAAAAAUUGUGGCAGGCCAUGAACCUGAAAAGACAAAUGAGUUCUUGCAAGCAAUGGGCACUGCAAUUUUACGCAAGAAAAGUAGUUCUGAUGCAGUAAAAAAAGUAUUAGCAGGAGAAAAACCAGGAAAAGAACCUAGUGAUAACAAAAGGAAAGAUUCGAGAACUGGAAAUGGAAGCAAGGAUAAAGAGAAAUCAAAAGACCAAGACAAGGAGAAAAGCAAAGAUCGGGACAGAAGUAGAGACAGAGAGAGAGAAGAUGACAAAGACAAACACAAACAGGGCGAUUCUUCCAGAAGGAGGGAUAGUUCAGCUAAUAAAGCAGACAGUUCAGAUAAAAAGAAAAGAGAUGAAUCAACCAAGAGAGAAAAAGAAAGAGAAAAGGAGAAGGAAAAACAAUCUGAUAGAGGGAGAGAAAGAGAAAGACAAAAAGAAAAGCAGCAGCAAAGCAAAGAUGAUGAUGUGGUUGAUGGAGCAACAUCAGCUGCAGUUGAUGGUGAAUUGGAGAAUGGAGAGGUACCGGCAAGUCGCAUUCCAAGACCAUCCUCUGCUAAAGGUCAGAGACGAAGACCAUCUGGGGAGGGAGAGGAUGUACAAGAUGAUGAGAAUGAUGGUGCAAAUACAGAUGGACAACCCAGACCAACUGAGCAAAUGAAUGGGGUCUUACAUGAUGAGGACCUCCCUCCUCAAGUUCUAAAAAGUCGUAGUAUGGUAAGACCAAGCAGUGCAAGGCCUGCCCCACCUAAGGUCAAAAAGCAGCAAGAGAACCUUGAAGAGCAAAUAGCCAGGAUUGGGUCAGGGAAACAAGUUGCCAAUGUUAUUGUGGAUGAUGGCAAAGAGCAGGAUGAUGAGGAUGACACCUUUGUAGUUGAAGAUGCACAUGCAGUCCAAAAUGAUGUGGAUGUGGCUCCUACAGGAGAAUUAGCUGAAGAAGACGGGGAACACGGGGGCCUUGUUAGAAAAAUUCUUGAAACAAAAAAAGAGCUCGAAGGAGGUCGAAACCAAGAAACUAGACCAAAACAGGAAAGACAAGCUCCUAUUAUUUCGGACGCUGCAAGGAAAAAAGAAAGGGAACUUGCGCAAAAGGAGAUAGAAAAACUCAGAACUAGUAUUCAGACAUUGACAAGAAGUGCAAAUCCAUUAGGAAAAAUUAUGGACUAUAUUCAGGAAGAUAUGGAUAGUAUGCAAAAGGAACUGGAUCUGUGGAGACGGGAAAAUAAGGAACAUGAAGUAGCGUUAAGAAGAGAGGAAAGCAUAACACAAAAUGAGAUCGCGCCCUUAAAAUCACAGCUAGAGGAACUAGACACUGAAAUAACAGAAAUGGUUGACAGGAUAAGCACAGUAAAGUGUAAUAUCUUGAGAAAUGAUGAAAAAAUACAGAAAAUGCUCUCCAGUGUAUCACUGACAUCCAGAUGAAAAGGACUGCUUUGGUGCAGGGCUUGUAAAAAUGUAAAAUAUCUCUCGUAAACAGCGGAAUUAGGUUUAGUGUACAAAGGAGCACUCGACCUAAGUAUUUAUUUUAACGAGAAAGAGAAAAUGUACUUCCAACAGAUGGUUUAUAGGAGCUUAUAGUAGAGUUUGAAAGUGUCGGGAAGUCUCUGAUUUAUUGAGGUGAAGUAAAACCUCCCUUAAAAUACGCACUAAUUUCCCUGAAAAAAAUUGUGCCUUUUUCUAGCAGGAAAAAAAAAUCCCAUUUUACGCCUACAAUCGCCUGCAUCGAGACCAUAAUUUUAAAACCACAUAGCUAACGUCUACAUCUAGAAAAGCAACGACUACGAAAACUAUUUUCAAGAGUUGAGGUCUGGCCGAUUAUACUCCGACGCAAGUAUUACUAAAAGUUGUACAUAAAUUACUGUAUCUUUUCUUCCGUUGAAAAUUUAAUAUAAAAUGAACCUUGUCACAAUUCUGUCACUCGUUUUUUAUUUAGCAUUGACAUAAGAUUGCUUUAAAAUGUCUGCCAGAUUAUUGCAACCCAGUUUAAUCGAAGACUGUCAAAAUUUCUUUUAGUGGAAAAUGAUGGUGACAUUUGAGCCCGGUGAACAAUUCUAUGUUCAUCAAGAUUAUCGUGGAUGAUUGAAGCAGUCUUCUUUAGUGCUUACGUCCUGUAAUAUCAAUCAUUUGCUGUGAGAAUGACAACAUAGCGCUUGAUCCAUUUCUGGCCGUCUCUGCCAAUAGAACGUUUUUUUUCUCUACUCAAUGUAGCAAGAUCACCCUCUCGCUGAUAAAGAUAUGAAAAUGAAGUCUUUACAAUUGAUCUUGUACAGUAUAUAAAAAUAAUUACCAAAGAAUCGAGUACUUUUUACUUAACCUCUAAUAGCAAAGUUACCUUCUACGUUCUUUCUUCAUACCAUUGCCAUUUUAAUACCUACUGCGAGAAGAAACUGAUAUCAAGUUAAUACCGUACUCAAUCUCUACAGCACAGGAAUAAGUUUUAAAAUUUAAUAUUUAUGGUCGUGUGAAGAAUUAAAAUGGCGAUGUUUCGAUAGAA